GUGAUUGGUUGACAGUGUAUUACAUCCAUGGUUGACAGCAGUAACGUUUGAAAUCGACAGAAUUUGCUGUUCAUCUUGACAGUGUCAGAGAAUAAAGACACAAAGAUGGAGAUGAUAUACGUUGUGCGUGGUUUUGUCAAAUCACUGCUGUUUCUGCUGCUUUGGGCAAACUGUGAAGGAAGAGAAUCGGAGUUCAACCAUGUUACCUGCGGCUCACUGGUCAAACUGCUCAACACCAGACACAACGUCCGCCUGCAUUCCCACGAUGUCAAAUACGGCUCAGGCAGUGGACAGCAGUCUGUAACUGGAGUGGAGAAUGCAGAUGAUGCCAACAGUUAUUGGCAGAUUCGUGGGAAGCCCAACCGUCCGUGUCAACGCGGGGCAGCCAUCAAGUGUGGUCAGGCCAUACGCAUCACACACAUGAAGACUGGUCGAAACCUCCACACACACCACUUCAGCUCACCGCUGUCUAAUAACCAGGAAGUCAGCGCCUUUGGAGAGAAUGGCGAGGGUGACGACCUGGACGUGUGGACAGUGCAGUGUGACGGCAUCCACUGGGAGCGUGAUGAGGCUGUGCGCUUCAAACACGUUGGCACUGAUGUCUUCCUGAGCAUAACAGGCGAGCAGUACGGCCACCCCAUCCGCAGCCAGCGAGAGGUGCAUGGCAUGACCACUCCUAACCAGCACAACUGGUGGCGCUCCAUGGAGGGUGUCUUCCUCCAGCCCAGCCAGGUGCCGCUGCGCCACGAUGAGCUCUGACAUCAUCACUGAGAGGCGCAAAGCAUGUUUAAUCCUGUUCAUGUGGAGGUUUUACAAGUCUCCUGGACCAAAUUAUGUCAUGUAUGAAUGAUGUAGAAUAUUUGACUGAUAACUCAUCUUUUUACAUGUGAAGCACUCAGGCACCGAAGAAAAGGGCGAUAAUGUUAUUUUUGAAUAAAAUCAGUGAUACUCUAUGUAGUGUAGCCACAUAGUCUAUUUAUCAGUGUCCUCGAUGGAGAAUUUCUUAAGGGACAAAAUGCUUUUUGUAAAAAAAAUCAAAAAAAAAUCAAGGCAUAACAUUAACCAUUUAUCAUACCAUAUUUGAGUAGUCAAUUGAUAGAAAAGUAAUCAAUUAAAAAAAUUGAUCACUUGUAAAAGUCAAUUAUCAAACAUAAUACCAAACGUUGCUUGUGCUUGUUUCAAUAUUGUUGGUUGGACAGAAAUAACUGUUAAUGUGACAUCUUUCAAUUGUGAAGGGAAGUCAGCUUGAUGUAUCUUUUAUCUGCUGUUUCCUUGGAAAACCACUGCAUUUUAGGUGGUCAACCUUUGCCUUGAAGCUUCUGCAGAAGAGCUUGGGAAGAACAUUUGGAAACACCGGCUUGUAAUUUCUGCCUGUGAGAGACCCUUCCUGACAGACCUUGUGUCUUGUUGCUAAACUGAUUCCCCUGGUGUAAGAAUUUUUAGAUUAAACUGUCUUCAUUAAUCUCACCUAUUUGUAUGGCUGUUCCUCACCAGUUUCUGUUAAUGAUUGUGGUGCAACUUACAUAUUAUGUUGUUGAUCAUUAAUAUCUGUUUGGUGUAAAUGUAAGGUUUAGUCAUACUGCAUAUAUUGUGUUUUUGGAAAGUGGUCUGUUACUUUGUUACUGUCUUUCUAACAGCAUACAAAUAUCUCACUAUUUGCAAAAGGAAUGUUUUGAAAGCAUUUCACUUCCAUAAGAGAAAACCAAUGCUGCUUUGACAAAGAACUAAAAGUUAAAAUCUACAUUUCCUAUAAUGCAGCUUGGUAACAUUCAUAGAACCCUCCCAGUUUGGAGAAUGGGCACGUCUUUCAAACUUCACGCCCACAGUUUGUAUUUGCAGGCUCUUUGUAAUCUCUAAAUCCAAGCUGAGAUAAACUGAUAAUAAAUAUUAUAGUAAUGUCAACAGGGAUUAUUUUCUCAGAAUUGAGGGAGCUCUUCCUGAGCCACAAAUUAUUAAAAAAAACAAAAAUGUGUACGGGCUGAGAAGUGCUCAACGUGAUGAUUAAAGUGACCUUUAUGUGAUAAAUCAAUAAACCAAUUAAAUCAUAAUCACUAGAAAAAAUAAAUGACUGGUUGGGUUCUGGGGCCCUAGUAUAGACUGUGGGCUCUAGGCAAAACAUAAAGCUGUUAUUUCAAAUCAACAAGGUGCCCCAGGCCCCUCUGGUGGUUUUAUUUGUCCCCAAAAAGUAAUUUGAACUCAGGUUUUGUCAUGUUAAAUUCUAAAAUAAAGGCUAAUGAGUCAUAGUA